UCCGGGAUCUCUCACCCGCGAAGUUAGAGCCAAUUAGGAUUCUUACAGUGAAAGGGUCAGUCAGUCAAAGACUCGAUUACUUCAAGUUUUAACACUUGCGAUCAAAAACGGUGCCGUUCUAUUCCCCACCGCCAUCGACACCAAUCCGCCGGAAGCUAGGGUUUCGUAAUCACUCCGAAUUUCCAAUUCCUUAUCUUCACCAUGAACUGCGAAGUUUGCCAACUCAAAGAAUUGGAAGUCGAGCACUUUGAGAUACGUGAAGUUCUGCGCUGCAUACUUCACACAAUUGUGUUCAAUCGAGCUUUAGGUCUUGUGCGGCCGAAAGAUGUUGAUUUGGAACUUUUUGAAAUUACAUAUGUGCAAUGUGGAGAUCUGGAACUUGAAAAGAAAAUAGAUGAGAAGAUUGAGCAAUUCAUUAGUUGGGUAGAGAAACACCCGAACAAGAAAAGUCAGGUCUGCUUGUCUUUCUUUGAAGUAAAAAACAAACAGGCAUCUUGGUUCACUAACAAAACAGAGCGGCUAUAUUGGGAACAGUGGUAUAUCAAUUUGAAUGUGGCCCAAAACCCAAAAGCACAUUCUACCAAAUCUCAUCACUCCAAAGUUGUAGUUGAUCCAGGAGAAAGUGCAUCAGAGGAGAGGGUUGCUCGCAGAGCUGCACUUGAAGCAACUCUUCAUGAAGUUUUGUUUCAAAUAGUGAAAUUUGUGAAUGAGAAGAAAGAUCACGUUCCCCCCAUACCGAAUCUUGAGGGUGUAGUCUCUUUCCCGUAUGAAAUAACUAUCCCAAGUUCCUCGGACUCCGCAUUUGGGAUGGACAUGAUCAAGAGGAUGCUGCAGACUGGCCAUCCAACCAUGCUUAGCUGAUUAUCUGAGUUUGUGUGCUAUACCAUUUCUCUGAUCUGCUUCUGAAGGUGAAUAAAUUCUUAUGUUCAUAAUGACUCAGGAAGGUGCAUGCAUGUCCUAAGUUGGUAACCUUCUGCAAAGACUAGCUGUCAAUGCAAGGUUUGUUUCUCUGUAAAGAAGUGGUUCCAAGUGAUUCCUUUGUCUGUAACUUUGUAAAUAUAUUUCCUUCAUACCAUUUUACUUUCUAGUUAUCUUUAUCGUUUCUGGCACAUCCCUUGUCUUGUAUAUACCGGAUCUGGCACAAGUUUAAUCAAUCAGGAAAAUGAAUGUUGAUACUUUGUUUGA